AUGGAUCAAGAAAAAGGUCACAUAACAACGGCGCCUCCUCCGUAUUCUGGCGAAGGAAGCGACCGAGUCUCAGACGCAGAUUCGAGCGAGAAACGCGCCCAAACCGAGAACGCGACGCAGCAUGUCCAAGAGACACUCCAAGGGAUCGAAAACCCUACCACGACCCAAAUUUCCCUUCGCGAUAUCCUGAGCGGUAACGCCCACGCGCCGCUUACAGCAUUCGAGAAAAAGGCCGCCUUGAUAAAUGCCGAAAUCGACAAUUUUGGGUUCGGAAGAUAUCAGAUAUGUAUUUGGUUCCUUUGCGGUUUUGGCUAUUUCCUCGACCUUGCCUGGUCGCAGGGUGUGGGCUUGAUCGCAACGGCCAUUUACCAGGAAUUCGGCGUGCCUGACGGCGAAACGGGAAGGCUUUACAGCUUGGCCAAUGCCGGACUCGCAGUCGGAGCCUUCACUUGGGGACUGGCUGUGGAUGUCAUUGGCAGGAAGUGGGCUUUCAACUUGACUUGCCUGAUCACAAGUAUCUUCGGACUGUUGCUGGCUGCACCCAGGUUUAACUACAACGCAUUCUGUGGCAUUUACUUCCUGGCCUCGAUCGGUCUUGGUGGCAACAUUCCCAUUGAUGCGACGAUUGCCCUGGAAUACUUACCCCAAAAGCGCCGCAAUUUCGUCACGCUCUUGUCCCUGUGGCAGCCGAUCGGUGUUGUCGUCGCUUCCGCCAUCGCGUUUGGCACCGCUGCAAAGCCGGCAUGGCGAUGCAGUACCGACCUUCCGGGGUGCACUACGCUUGCGGAUGGCGAGCCAAGAAACAGCUCCACAUGCUGCACUGUCGCAAGCAACAUGGGCUGGCGCUAUCUUGUCAUCAUCCUCGGUUGUAUGACGCUGGCCAUUUUCUUCCUUCGAUUCUUCGUUUUCCGGUUCCACGAGACACCUAAAUUCCUGCUCAGCAAAGGCCACGAAGAGCGGGCAAUCGAAACUCUGCACAAGAUUGCCAAGUUCAACAAGGCACCUCCGCCAACUUUGACUGUGGAAAUGUUCCGUGCCAUUGAUGAGACCACCACCAUCGACUCGAGAGACUCAGCGGAGCCCAAAGGCCCAUUGAAUACCAAACAGACCACGAAGAAGGUUCUGAAGAGCUUCGUUCGAUCCUUCGACAAUCUCAAAGCUCUCUUCACAAACCGGCUCCAGACUUUCAUUUUCCUGCUGCUGGCUGUUGCCUAUAUGGGAGAUUAUUGGUCCUUCAACCUGGCCGGCCAAUUUCUGCCCAUUAUUCUCCUCCGCAACGAGGUAUCGCCUGAUGGCGGAGGCGACGUCGUUACCACAUAUCGACAUUAUAUUUAUAUGCAUCUACCACUGAUCGGAAGAAAAUGGUCGCUCGUUAUUUCAGCUAUUCUACAAGGUCUAGCGAUGGCGAUGUACACCCAAGUCUAUACAACAGCAGGCUACGUCGGACUGAACGCGUUUCAGUACAUCAUGCAAACGUUCUUCAACGCCGUCCUCUACGCUUCUGCGCCCGAACUCUUCGACACAGCCUAUCGGGGCUCCGCGAGCGGUAUGCUAUCGUGUCUUGGCAGAAUUGCCGGUAUUGUCGCGCCUUUCGCCGGCCAACACUACUUGGCAACUGAGAGCGCUGGUAUCUUGUGGCUUGGUGCCGGUGGUGUUUGGGUGAGCGCGUUGGUGCUCGUCUUCCUGCCGGUGGAGAUGAGAAAUAGGCAGAUGUUCUAA